AUGUUUUUGAAUAAACUACUUCGCGAUGGUGACAACGAAGAUCUCGCGGAAGAACGUCGAAAAGCUACUUUUGAUACCGACGAAAUGGCAGCAAUAAUCUGGGAAGGCAAGGAGGUUCGAUUUGUACGUCGACGAAGAGAAAUCACCAAGAAAGUCAUUGAAUACACAGAACUUCACGAUCCUUUCUGCCAGGCAUUCAUGACACGACAUGAAGAAGUCGAAAAUGCAGCAAGAAAAGUGAAUUCAGUCGAGAUAUUGAAGUCCUUCUGCAAUAACUACCUCAUUUUUUCUAAAACUCACACUCAGUGUUUCAGUGAAGUCAUCGGGAUGUACGGGCAUCCGCUGGCCUUACAUGCUGUCAUGUUUAUUCCAUCUCUUCAAGCUCAAUGUGCUGAUGACCAAAUGCAUUGGUUGAAGAAGGCAAUGUCGAGGCAGAUCAUUGGGACCUAUGCCCAAACCGAGUUAGGCCACGGUACGAAUCUGAGAAAAUUGGAAACAACAGCCACAUACGAUGUAAAAACACAGGAGUUCGUCCUGCACAGUCCUACACGUACAGCGAUGAAAUGGUGGCCUGGAAAUCUCGGCAAAAGUGCAAAUCAUGCCGUUGUAGUCGCUUGCCUCAUAAUUGACGGCAAAAAUUAUGGCCCACAUAACUUCAUUGUGCCUCUAAGAGAUCCUGCGACUCACAUGCCUUUGAAAGGCAUCACAGUCGGUGACAUUGGCCCGAAAAUGGCCACCGGUCCCGUUGACAAUGGAUUCCUCAGCUUUGAUCACUACCGAAUUCCAAGGACCAACAUGCUUAUGAAACAUGCCAAAGUAACGCCAGAGGGCAAGUACGUUCCUCCGGCUCACGCCAAAGUUGGCUACUCAGCAAUGGUGCACGUCCGCUCUCAUAUGAUUUCCGACCAAGCAAAGUUUCUUGCCCAAGCUCUUACCACCGCCAUUCGGUAUUCAGCAAUUCGACGACAGGGAGAGAUUCAACCUGGAGAUGGCGAAGUGAAGAUUCUCGAAUACCAGACCCAACAAUAUCGGUUGCUUCCACAACUAGCACGAGCGUAUGCGUUCAGUUUCACUGGACGAGCAGUCAGAGACCUAUAUCUGAGGGUACAGAAAGAUGUCGCCAAAGGAAAAGUCGACGAAAUGGCCGAACUGCACUACAUAACUUCCGGUCUCAAGGCUGUCGUCACCCACUUGACUGGUGAGGGCAUCAGCCAAGCGCGUAUGAGUUGUGGAGGCCAUGGAUACUCGAAAGCUAGCAAUAUGCCGGAUCUCUAUGGCAUUGCCGUCGCCGGCUGUACGUAUGAGGGAGAAAACAUGGUAAUGCUCCAACAACUGGCAAGGUACCUCAUGAGAGCAGCAAAAGAAGCAGAAAAAGGACGUGCCCUCGGCAGACUUGUGAACUACCUCGUGGAACCCAGCGACAUCCAUUCAACCCAUCUGAAAGCCUUCGAUAAGGCAGCAAAGCUCCAAGUGAUGAAGGCAUUCGAAAGGAUGCGAUCACUUCGAGCUCAAGGGCUGUCUGACGAGGAUGCAUGGAACGCCAAUGCCGUUGAACUGAACCGAGCAGCUCGAGUCCACACAAGGCAGUACAUCGCUCAUCAAUUUUAUGAGCAAGUAAGUUCGGUCGCUGACGGACGAUGUCGUGAAGUACUUCGUGAUCUCCUUCAUCUUCAUCUCAACUAUGAACUCUUGGAUAUGGCAUACUACUUACUCGAAGAUGGCUUCUUGUCGGGUCAGCAGGUGGAUUACAUGAAGGAAGAUAUGUACCGACUUCUGGCAAAGCUGCGGCCGAAUGCAGUCUCUCUGGUGGAUUCCUGGGAUAUCUCUGAUCAUGAACUCAGAUCGGUAUUGGGCAGGCGAGACGGUCAUGUCUACGAGAACUUGUACAAAUGGGCACAGGAAAGCGAAUUGAAUCGGACUCAGGUGCUACCAACAUUUGAGAAGUACCUCAAACCAAUGAUGAUGGAAGCCCGUGCUCAGAGCAAAUUGUAA